UGUGUGGGCUACUUGGAUCCACUCAAUUAACAACUCCAACAUGUGUUCUAUGUUAAAAGAGAAGCUUCUAAGCCAAUGACCUAUUUGAAAAUUUUUUUUCCUUUCCUUUUCUUCCUUCCUUGCAAGCUUUCCUUCAAUACCCAGUUGUCUUUUUGUGACCAUUCUCUCUGGCUGCGAGAGAUUGAGGCAAAUUUCUCAUUUGGGUUUUUGAUUUUCUUGUGAUUUCCGCAACUGGGUAUUGCUCAGAAUGAUGUCAGUGACAUGCCAUAAUCUUGAUUUGGGAAGGACCGUUUUGGAUUUGGUCGCUUGUGGCUGUUCUUCAAGUGCUUCUUAUUCACUGAAAAACCACGCAAAGGUAAAUUCUAAGGGAAGAAGUUGUAGAGUUUAUGGAGUUCGGAAAUUGGUUAAAACCGCCCGUUGGGAAAGAACUCGUUGUCAAGUCUCUUCCAUGAAAACUGCUGAGCCUCUACUUAGUGGUUCUGCACAAGGUCCUCCAAGAGUAUUGGAUUUGAAAGAGCCAAAAAGGCCUGUUUCGUUGACUAACUUGUUUGAAGUUGUUGCUGAUGACCUCUUAACUUUGAACCGUAAUCUUCAGUCGGUUGUUGGAGCAGAAAACCCAGUUCUGAUGUCUGCUGCGGAGCAAAUAUUUGGUGCUGGUGGGAAGAGAAUGAGACCAGCUUUGGUGUUUUUAGUCUCAAGAGCAACAGCAGAACUAGUUGGGCUAAAGGAACUUACCACAGAGCAUAGACGUUUGGCAGAGAUUAUUGAGAUGAUCCAUACUGCAAGCUUGAUCCAUGAUGAUGUAUUGGAUGACAGCGAUAUGCGGAGAGGGAAGGAAACCGUUCAUCAAUUGUAUGGUACAAGAGUGGCAGUACUUGCGGGAGACUUCAUGUUUGCACAGUCGUCAUGGUAUCUUGCAAAUCUUGAGAACCUUGAAGUCAUUAAGCUUAUUAGCCAGGUAAUCAAAGAUUUUGCAAGUGGUGAAAUAAAGCAGGCGUCGAGCUUGUUCGAUUGCGAUCUUGAACUUGAGGAGUACUUGAUCAAGAGCUACUAUAAAACAGCCUCAUUAAUUGCAGCUAGUACCAAAGGAGCUGCAAUUUUUAGUGGGGUUGAAAGAUACAUAUGUGAAAAAAUGUAUGAAUAUGGUAAGAAUCUUGGGCUGUCCUUCCAAGUCGUCGAUGACAUAUUGGACUUUACGCAAUCGGCAGAGCAGCUUGGUAAGCCUGCAGGCAGUGAUCUGGCCAAAGGGAACCUCACUGCGCCAGUAAUUUUUGCUCUUGAGAAAGAUCCAAAACUCAGAGAGAUCAUUGAAUCAGAAUUCAGUGAUACUGGUUCGCUUCAAGAAGCCAUUGAGUUGGUCAAGAAUUGCGGGGGCAUUGAGAAGGCGCAGGAAUUAGCAAAAGAGAAGGCAGAUCUUGCAAUCCAAAAUCUCCAAUGUCUUCCUCAGAGUUCCUUUCGAAUAGCUCUUGAGGACAUGGUGAUGUUUAAUCUCGAGCGGAUUGAUUAAGGAAGCAAAUUUCAGACCGUAGGCUGAUGAUGUGGGAACACAUGAAAGAGAACAAUUCCUUGCCUUAAGGAAAAAAGAAAAAUCCUCUGCCAUGAGAAGUGUUUUCUGCACAUUAGCGGGUCUUCUGCCAAUGACAAGCUGCUUGUGACUGGCUGUACAUUUUAUAGAAAGGGUAGCUCUUUAUAUUGCUUACUCAAAUUACAUUUUUGUUGCACAAUUGCUACAAAAACAAAAUAAUAUUCUAAAAUUCUUGUAGAAGAAAUAUUCAAGGUAAUCAAUAAUUUUGAGCCAUUUUAUUUAUACACAUACUUUUAUUUU